AUGGGGAAAACAAUAACAUGAAGUUUUGAACAUUUGACAGUACAUUUUUUGGUGUGACAUAUUUUUGACAUUUCAUGUGAAUAAUGAUGGUAAUUUGAUUCGUAAUUUGUUAAUUCGUAUUUGUUUAAGAUAAAAACUUAUGAAGUAUAUUAACAGAAUUAAGUAUUAGUCAUCACUAUUUUUAAUUUUUAUCCUUAAAAAGACCAAAAAAACUUAAAAAUAUUAAAUAAAUAAAAAAUGGAGUGGUUAUUUGGGAAAAAAGUUACACCCGAAGAAAUGCUCCGGAAAAAUCAACGGGCGUUAAAUAAGGCAAUGAGAGACUUAGAUAGGGAAAAAGCAAGAAUGGAACAACAAGAGAAGAAAAUUAUAGCUGAUAUUAAGAAAAUGGCUAAAGAUGGCCAAAUGGAUGCAGUAAAAAUAAUGGCAAAAGAUUUAGUACGAACACGAAAAUAUGUGAAAAAAUUUAUGUUAAUGAAAGCAAAUAUACAAGCGGUUUCAUUAAAAAUACAAACGUUACGAUCACAAAAUGCAAUGGCAACAGCGAUGCGUGGUGUUACAAAAGCAAUGGCUAGUAUGAAUCGACAAAUGAAUAUGCCACAAAUCCAACGAAUAUUACAAGAAUUUGAGAAACAAUCGGAAAUUAUGGAUAUGAAAGAGGAAAUGAUGAAUGAUGCUAUUGAUGAUGCAAUGGGUGAAGAUGAUGAUGAAGAAGAAACCGAUACCGUUGUGACUCAAGUAUUAGAUGAAUUAGGAUUACAAUUAAACGAUCAAUUAUCUGGAUUACCACAAGCCGGUGGUGCUCUUACAACUGGUGGUGCCAAGACACCAGUGGCUGUGGGUGCUGGUGCUGGUGGUGGGGCCAGCGGUGGGAAUUCAUCUCCACUAUCCGAUGCUGAUGCUGAUUUACAAGCACGUCUUGAUAAUUUACGUAGAGAAUAACAGAUUUUUAUGAUCGAUAUUUAUUUUAUAAAAUUUAUUGUUUUUAUAAUUAU